CCAACGAGAAGUUGCGAGAUUUCAACCUGCGCCAAAAAGCCGGCAAAAUUUAUUGUUUUUUUUUCUGGGUUGUGUAUCCUAUUGUCAUUUAUAAAACAUGUCUGAUUCUGAGUCAGAUAGCACAAGUGAUGAGCAAAUGGAAGAAUCUGCUCCGGGACCAUCAGUGUUGCUGAAGGCACCACCAAAAGGUAAAAAUGCGGAGGGCGAGGAGGAAGAAGGGGACUAUGAUGCUAAGAUUGAAUCCGACAGGGGAAACAGAUUUGAGUACCUCUUGAAACAGACAGAGAUUUUUGCUCACUUCAUGAUGACUGGGAUGAACAGCAGCAUGAAAUCACCAACAAGCCCCCUCAAAAUGAAGAAGUCAAAGAGUAAAUUGGCAGAAAAGGCAAAGCUUGUGGAAGCUGGAGAGAGGUCAAAAUCAGGUGACCCCGGCGAUCACCGGCAUAGGAGAACAGAGACCGAAGAAGAUGAGGAACUUAUUUCACAAGCCAAGAAAUCAACGGCUGUUGUUACUAGAUUUGAGGAAAGUCCCUCAUACAUCAAGAAUGGAGAGAUGAGAGACUAUCAGGUCAGAGGACUUAACUGGAUGAUUAAUCUGUAUGAGAAUGGCAUUAAUGGUAUCCUAGCUGAUGAAAUGGGUUUGGGUAAGACACUACAGACGAUUUCUUUACUUGGAUAUAUGAAGCAUUAUCGACAUAUACCUGGCCCUCAUCUAGUCAUCUGUCCUAAAUCUACUCUGUCUAACUGGAGCAAUGAACACAAGCGCUGGUGCCCUAGUCUACGUACAGUCUGUCUCAUAGGAACACGGGAACAAAGGGCAGAACUUAUCCGUGACAUCAUGAUGCCUGGAGAGUGGGACGUGUGUAUAACAUCAUAUGAAAUGAUUAUAAAGGAGAAAUCUGUCUUCAAGAAAUUCAACUGGAGAUACAUGGUCAUUGAUGAAGCUCACAGAAUCAAAAAUGAAAAAUCAAAGUUGUCAGAGAUAGUGCGCGAGUUCAAGACCGCAAACAGACUUCUACUGACUGGUACCCCUCUACAGAACAACCUACAUGAACUGUGGGCCCUUCUCAACUUCUUAUUACCAGAUGUGUUCAACUCUGCUGACGAUUUUGAUUCAUGGUUCAACACCUCGGAGAUGAACAAGGAACUGGUGGAAAGAUUACAUGGUGUUUUAAGGCCAUUUUUACUGAGACGGUUGAAAUCUGAAGUGGAGAAAAGACUGUUACCAAAGAAGGAAACCAAGGUGUUUGUUGGUCUCAGUAAAAUGCAGAGGGAAUGGUACACAAAGAUAUUGAUGAAGGAUAUAGAUGUGGUGAAUGGUGCAGGCAAGUCAGACAAGAUGAGAUUACUCAACAUUCUCAUGCAGCUGAGGAAAUGUGCCAACCAUCCAUACCUGUUUGAUGGUGCAGAACCAGGUCCUCCAUACACAACUGAUAAACAUCUGGUAGACAACUGUGGUAAAAUGGUGAUCCUGGAUAAACUUCUUCCAAGACUACAGUCAGAAGGAUCUCGAGUUCUGAUAUUCAGUCAGAUGACACGUGUAUUGGAUAUUCUGGAAGAUUACUGUUUUUGGAGGAACUACAAUUACUGCAGACUUGAUGGACAAACUCCUCACUCUGAAAGACAGGUGUCUAUAGAUGAGUACAAUGCACCAGACAGUAAGAAGUUUAUCUUCAUGUUGAGUACACGAGCAGGUGGUUUAGGUAUCAAUCUUGCUACUGCUGAUGUUGUCAUACUGUACGACUCGGACUGGAACCCACAGGUUGAUCUACAGGCUCAGGAUCGUGCACAUCGUAUCGGACAGAAGAAACAGGUACGAGUGUUCAGAUUUAUCACAGAGAACACAGUAGAGGAACGAAUUGUGGAGAAAGCAGAAAUGAAGUUACGUCUUGAUAAUGUAGUUAUUCAGCAAGGUCGGCUUGUUGAUGCAGCAGCAACGAAGCUGGGUAAAGAUGAAGUCUUGAACAUGAUCAGACAUGGAGCAAGUCACGUGUUUGCCUCGAAGGAUAGUGAAAUCACAGAAGCAGAUAUUGAUGAAAUCCUUGCUAAGGGACAGAAGAAAACUGAAGAGAUUAAAGACAGGAUGGAUAAGCUUGGAGAGAGCAGUUUACAAGGCUUGUCAUUUGAUACUACUGAACAGCGGGGAUCUGUGUACAAGUUUGAAGGGGAAGAUUACAGGGAGAAACAGAAGAUUGGCAUGAACUGGAUCGAACCACCAAAGCGUGAGAGGAAAGCCAACUAUGCUGUAGAUGCCUAUUUUAGAGAGGCUCUCAGAGUAAAUGAACCAAAAGCUCCAAAGGCACCUAGACCACCAAAGCAGCCCAAUGUUCAAGAUUUCCAGUUCUUUCCUCCAAGACUGUUUGAAAUUUUAGACAAAGAAAUCUACUUCUACAGAAAGAGUAUAGGUUAUAGGGUUCCUAAAAAUCCAGAAUUAGGGCAUGAUGCAGAAAGAAUUCGAAAGGAAGAACAGGGCAAGAUUGAUGAAGCAGAGUUGUUAACUGAGGAGGAAAAUGCUGAAAAGGACGAGCUUUUAAAACAAGGUUUUACUGAAUGGAACAAGAGAGAUUUCAAUCAAUUUAUUAAGGCCAAUGAGAAAUUUGGAAGAGAUGAUAUUGAUAAAAUAUCCCGUGAGGUCGAGGGAAAAUCACCAGACGAGGUGAUAGAGUAUUCACGUGUGUUCUGGGAGAGAUGUAAUGAGUUGCAAGAUAUUGAAAAAAUCAUGGCCCAAAUAGAACGUGGAGAGGCCAAGAUCCAGCGUCGUAUAAGCAUCAAGCGUGCCCUGGAUGCCAAAAUGAUGCGAUACAAGGCUCCAUUCCAUCAGUUACGUAUCCAGUAUGGUACAAACAAGGGAAAGAACUACACAGAGGAAGAAGAUAGGUUCCUGAUCUGUAUGUUACACAAACUUGGUUUUGACAAGGAGAAUGUGUACGACGAGCUACGUACAGCAAUCCGACAAGCACCACAGUUCAGAUUUGACUGGUUUAUCAAGUCUAGAACUGCCAUGGAGAUACAGAGACGAUGUAACACAUUGAUAACCCUGAUAGAGAGAGAGAAUAUGGAGCUUGAGGAAAGAGAAAAGGCUGAGAGGAGACGGAAAGGCAAGGCUGGUGGAAGUGCACAAAAGACUGCCAAACGUAAAGCAGACACCCCAACAAAUAGUGGAGCCAAGGCAAAGAAGAAAAAAUGAUUGUGCAGUGAUAGAGUGUAGCUAAAAUCUGACGGCAGUAGGGACAGAACAGGCCAGCAAUGUAAACAUUAGGUAUAUGGAGCUGCUUGUAAAUACAGCACACCGUCUGGGAGAUUUUAUAGUUUUAAUCAAAUGAAUAGUUGGAUUACCCUGAAAACUGAAUCUCUUUCAUUUAGAAAAACCAACAAGAUCUACAAGUUUUUAAAUAGCGGUAACUUCCAUGUAGUAAGUCUUGUGCAGAACAACUUAUAGUCUGUGUUUAUUUUCUGUCACUAGAUAAGGUGAUAUUGUUGUAUUGUGGACCAUAAAGACUUGUACAGGAAGUAUGUGUUUGUGAUACUGGUAUAAGUUAUCAUCAUCAUUGUAUUUAAUAGUGAAUGUAAAUAUUAGUCAAUUCAUUAAACAUGAAAAUAUC